UUUUUAUUGGUGCAUGAAAAGUAAAAAAAAAAAAAAAAAAAAAAAAUAAGGAACAGUGAUCGCGUAUUAAUGACCGAUUUACAUUGCUGUUUCAUCAAAUCAUAGAAAAUCCUACCUAAACACAUGAAAAUCAUAUUUCAUUUCCUGAGUAUUCUAUGACCUUAUGAACCUCAAAAUGAUAUUCUUUAUAAGAACAUGCCAGUGACAGAAUUAAUCUGCCAAUGAAAAUUAUUCUUAGAUAUAUCUUUAACAUAAUUUUUCCUAUAUGUACAUGUAAUUACUUGACUGCAGUUUUCCAUGCAUGUGAGUCCUUUAAAACAUUGUAAAAGUUGUAACUUUAUGCAAUCGUAACUUUACAUGAUAUUAUUACGACUGUCUGUAUCCCUAUUCAUUAGUAAUUUUGCUCAAUCUUAAACAUGUAGAGUUUUGACUUAUGGUGAAAAAUUCAUGCAUAACAGUAUAAAAUCAGAUUUACAAAUGCUGUUUCAUAAGUGUUAUCUCAGUUUUUGGACCAGUUUGGAAAGAGGAAUAUUUAAGAGAGUUUGAUGUUUUCACCAUUUUCUUACUUUAAAACACGCCAAAAUCAUAAAGAAUGAGUUCUAUGGUGAAAACACAUAUCUAUUUAAUUUUUAUCAUGUUUAAACAGGAUACCAGGCACAAGCGAUUACUCGGGUUGAAAUUUUAAGAUUUCUUACCUUGGGAAUAAGCACUGCAAAAUAUCAUAGCUGGGAGAAUUAGGAUAUGCAUCUUGAAGGAAUUAAUGUUUGUCGUUUAAUAAAUGUUCCUCCAUAUCUAAAAAUCCUUUCUCAAUGACAGUGAUUCAUGACUAUGAACUUAUCAUAGAUACCUAUCUUAAAAUCCUAAUCAUGAAAAAAAAUCUUGUGUAUUGAUUUUAUUUUUGGGCCAUGUUUCAUAUAUACAUAUUUCAUGAAGAUGUUAGGUAUAGCCGUAGGUAAGGAAUUAUUUUAAAAGAUUAAAAGAAAUUCAGAUACUAGAGUGAAUUUUAAUCCUUUCAUCCAUAGAAUGAAACAAAUGGAAUGGAACGAAAUCAUUACAAUUUUGAUUGCAUCCACUGAUAUGUUAAAAGAUAAUUUCAUUACUAAAGCUUACGUUUUCUAAAUGAUUACAAUGUCAUUUUGAGGCGGUUUCUGAAAGGCCAUAUUGUAUCUUGACUCUGGGAACAACAAAAGCAAAUAGCAUCGACUUGCUUCCACUUCUUUUGAACCAUUCUAAAUUUUAUUCAUUUUCAUUACUUAAAAUACGCAAAAUUUACAAUCGCAAAAUAUUCUAAUAAACUGAAGAUGCUAUUUAAGUGCAACGUUAUAAUACACCCACAGAAAUUGAAAACGCAGAAAAUUUGCUACUUUUUGGGGAUCAAAUCGCGAAACAUGUCCACCCGCAACCCGUUAUAUGCUAUAUAGUAAUUCAAAUGAAACAAAAUACAGAUUUGGUACAUUGAUUCUUCAACAGCGGAUCCAGGGUUUUUUUUGCUUCUUAUCAUCAAUGUUGAAAAAUGCUACAUUGUCAUUAGUAAAGAUUAUUAUUCUGUAAAAUCAGCAAUAUGCAUGUAAGGGUUUUGUAUAGAAUGAAUCUAAAUUUACUUCCUGGUAUGUGUUAAGAGACACGUGACUUAUGAUAUGGUAUAUUUUUAUUUUUGCAUUAUGAGUUAUGCAAAUUCAACAACUCCAUGAAUCAAAAUGAUUUGGACGAAAACUGUAUCAUAUCAUAUUUUAUCAAUACUGGUGUAUACACCCAAUGGAAUUGGUAGAACCAGCUGUUUUCUUAACCACCCCUCUCUUGAAAAUCCCACAGUACCCCCCAGCCUAUGUUGUUGUUUUGUUUUGUUUUUUUGUUGUUUUUUUUUUAACUAUAACAUUGAUGUAUAUUUGAUGUAUGUGCACAAAAAUAAAAUAAAAAUAAAUCCCAGUAUACCAUUUGAUUCUAAAAUUAUAGACGACAUACUGAAAGACAAUUACAAUGUUUUAAUGCGGCGAUCUGACCGGCGAGAAAUGCGGCGAUCUGACCGGCGAGAAAUGCAGCGAUCUGACCGACGAGAAAUGCGGCGAUCUGACCGGUGAGAAAUGACUGACUCAGUUGUUGGAGCACCUCUCUAGAGAUUUACGGGGUGCGGAUUCGAAUCUUUUGGUCUGUCUUUUUUUCCUCCCCAACUGAAACAUGCAAUUAUGAGAAUCACACAGUGCCAUAUAUAAAUUAUGCCCUUCAUGCAUUUUAAAACUGCCUUCAACUCUCCCUAAAUUAUUGCGUACACAGGCAGAGGAUAUAUAAAAAGAGGAUUGCUUUCUGCCUAAAUGAGCAUAUGGUGGACAAAUUCCUGAAUCCACCUAUGAUUAUUCUACUGAUUUGAUGAUUAUUAGAGUUAUGUUGACCGUGUGUUUGUAUAGUAACCUACCUCAGUAUCCAUACAUGUACAUGAUCCGCUCCUUAUAAAUUACCCAGUUACUCCUAACCACCAUACAUGAAUUACCUUUACAAAUCAAAGCUGAAGAUUAUAAAUAUUUCUAGUGAACCAGAUGUCUGGAAGAUUACCGGUAGUAGUUGACAUCUGUGAUGUAAACAUUAGAGGCCUGUUUUAAAUAUAAUCCGGAUUUUCUAGUCUCCCUGCAAUGUCAAAUGUUUUUCAGAAAAUAAUGUUUCUGGAAAAAAGUCACUAUAGACGAGUCCAGAUUUAUGCUUCGGUGUACCAAGGUGUCGUAGUGUUAUGUGAAAAGAAUAAUUCUCAAAUGGAUACAUAAUGAAGGAAAGCAGAGUUUGUGUUGGGGUGACAUUCCUGGAUUGAUUAUUUCUAUCAUACAUGUAAAUCUUUCACACGUGAUAAACAUGCAGUAAACUAGCGUGUCCUUCGUGUACACGUGUAGGGAUCAAUCUUACUGAUGACGAUAUAUCCGGGGACGUGCAAAGCUCUUAACAAGUGUAAGCCUAACCACAUUUGAUCUGUAUAUCGACAAAAUCACGUCCUUCAUCAGAUUGUGCUUGUCCCAGCUGUUACAUGAUAGAACAACUAGAUCACAUAAAUGCAGGCUCAACGGACACGGGACACACUGAAUCGAUACAAGCCCUCAUGGUGAACAAAUUAGCAAUGUCGCCCAUCUAACUUUGGUGAUCAUUGUCAAAGCCUUUUGAUUCUAAUAAGAAUGACAACAAAGUGUGCGUUCUUGUUUGAUGGAGCUGCAAUCGAUGCAUGUUUGAGCGAGAAAGACAGUCUAGAAGAUUUAAGGAUUGAGGAGGAUGGUGCAGAGAAACAGACGGACACAAAGGAAAACCAAGAUGUUACAGGUCAUAACUCGGAUCACGUCAAUGAAAAUGUCCAAACUGUGAACGAAACAAAUGACGACCGUGACAAUGCUUACAAAACAAGUCCAUCUACCACCAGUAACCAUGGAAGUUCAGAAAACGUAGACAUUGUUAUAACAACGGACCCCGAAAAGCAAAUUCUGCAAGAAGAGGAAGGUUUCAAAAAUAGUCUUGAGACAAAUUGCCCCUUAUUUGAUUAUAAAAUCAGCAGGCGUCGCACUAUUCAUGGAGUAGAAAUACUUCCGAGAGCCAAUUCCACAAAGGACCUACGUCGUCAAACAUCUGAUUUUGGUCGGUUCCCUCUGUCACGACCAAAGGGGAGUACCCUUAACCUCGUUUGCGCUGGAGAAAGUCCCUGUGUACGAGAGACUUUAACGAGUAGGCUUAGAUUUGAGAAAGGACACGUAUCCCACGACUUGCAAGGGUGCGACGGCAAAACGUACGUAACCCCUACACAACGGAAGGAUAUGGAAAUGAGACAACUGAAGAAAGAAGUGAAAGAGCUAAAGAAAGAUAUUGCUGAACGGGUGGAAGAGAUUGAUCUAUUGAAAAAGAACAUUGAUAAAGAGGCCGCUGACAUCAUAGAAAGUAAGGAUCUUAAGAUUAAGGAAAUUCGAGCUGAACUUGAUACCCUGCUGGCUAAUCAUGAUGAAUUGAAGUCUUCAUACGACCAAGCGCUGGAGAAGGUUGCCGCAUUAGAAAAUACAGUUAAGGAACUGAAGGCUGUAAUUGCUGAGAAAGAACACAAGAAUGCAGACAUAUAUUAUGAAAUGUACAGAAAAGGACAAGAAUCUGCAAAGUUUGAAAGAAAUUUUGAGAUUGAAAGACUUGCCGCUAUUUCCGGGAAAGCAACUUCGGUGACAACACGUGAACUGUUGGAAAAGUUGAUGGACACGGAGAUGGAACUGGCCAAGUGGCAGUCGUACAGACGGCGAGAGUCCUACGAAACCGGCGAGAGACCGGAAACGGAAGCGGCAGCAAUCUUACAGUUCCUGAAGGACUCGUUCUAUCACUAUAUUACUGACCAGAAACAAUCGGACAAUCAUCUCCGUGCCAUGAUCCGAAUAUUUAGUUAUACAGAGCCACAAAAGAAAAAGAUAGCUUCUGCUAUAGCUGAAAGGAUCAACAAGAAAAAUAGCUUAUGAAAUUGUUCAGCAGACCUCAGCAGCAGGUGUCAAAAUGCGCGUUCUCUUGACUUGAUUAAUUAAUGUGUACAACUUCAAUGUACUUCUCUUGGCUUGAUUAAUUAAUGUGUACAACUUCAAUGUACUUCUCUUGGCUUGAUCAAUUAAUAUGUACAACUUCAAUGUACUUCUCUUGGCUUGAUUAAUUAAUGUGUACAACUUCAAUGUACUUCUCUUGGCUUGAUCAAUUAAUAUGUACAACUUCAAUGUACUUCUCUUGACUUGAUUAAUUAAUAUGUACGAUGUAUGCUACAUUAUGUACAUGUACGACAUAUGAAUAUGAAACAAAAAAUAGUUCAACACGAAAUUUAUCACUGA